AUUUAUUGAGUGUUAGACGGUCGUUUCUAAAGCUGUCUUGAGUGUCAGAAAUUAGUAAACCAUUUAAAGGGUAAACCUAAAUAAAUAAGGUAAGAAAAAAAUUAACAAUGUUGACAGCCCAAAGAAGCAGGAUUCGGUGUCGCGAAAUUACUGGACCUGCACAUUCAGUGGCAUUGAAAGCAAGACCUCCUUUAUCCAGAGACAUAGAUGACAUAUUUGUAAGGAGAAGGAAGCAGGAGGCGACGCGAGGCGAGGUGCUGGAGUUCACCAAAGAUCAAAGCUCAUGUGAUGUGAGAAUGCGAUGGGAAAGAAACACACAGCGCCGUGUGGUGUCUGCCACUGUUAACAGACAUCUACAAGAUGCACUAGAUCAGUACCAGAUGGGCAUUGAUGAAAAGAGGGAAAGGCUUCGUGAACUGCUGGAGUCAGAGGAACUGGAACUCUUCAAGGAGAUGGAGGCAAAAAAAGAGACAGUGUUGGAGAGGCAGGCUAAGAUGCAUGAAAGAGCCAAGACUCUUCGAGAGAGAAGAGAGAGUGAGAGACAGAGAGUUGUUGCUGAUAAACUCGAUCAACUUUUCAGAGAGCAGAGUGAGGAGCUGCGUGCUGUUCAGAUAAAGCGCAGACAGGAUCAGGUUUGCACCGAGAGGGAAUCUCAAAUCCGUACGAAGGAGGAAGUGCGACGGGUGCAGGAGGAAGAAGAAAAACUGUUUGCACAGAUGUGGGAGAGCGACAGGCUGGCGAAAGAGGAGCGCCACAACCUGGAGCUUCAACGGCAGAGAGAGAACAACCUCCAGCAGAAAGCAGUCCUGCAGACUCAGAUGGACAUGGCUGAGCAGCAGAGAAUCCAGGCCAAGGAGCUGAAGCAGGAGGAGGCACAGCUACUGAAAGACCAGCGGGAGAUGCUACGUCUGGAGGCAGAAAGAGAACACCGGCAGAAGCUCCAAGACCAGGAGAAACGGCGCAAGCAACUAGACCUUUCCCUCCGGCUCAAGAUGAAGCGUCUCACUCGAGAUCGACAGGAAGAGCUCGCUCUGGAUAUGAGCAUCCUGGAGCAGCUGCUGGCACAGGAGAAAGAUGAGAAGCAGGAUGAGGUCCUCAAAAAGCUGGAGCGUCAGGAGGAGCAGCGCCGGUACCGGGAGUAUCUGUCACAGCAGCUGGAGGAGCAGAAGCGUCUGGAAGCAGAGACAGAGCAGCUGUUUGAGUCGGAGCUCCAGCAGGCCUGGGCCCGCAGAGAAGCGCAGUGGCGUCUGGAGAAGACAGCGAGAGACAGACUCAUGAAGGACGUCAUGGACACUCUCCGACUGCAGAUCCAAGAAAAGUUGAAUGAGAACAUGCAAAAGCAGGCUGAGGCUUUUAAAGAAAAAGAGGAGCUUGAUCGAAUAAUUCAAGCAAACAAAUUGCUGGACGAAGAAGAAAAGGCUCAUUUCAGGGAAGCCACUAAGGAGUAUCAGGCUGAUUUAUUGGCUCAGAUGAUGUACCGCCAGCGCAUUCGUGAAGCAGAAGAAGCUGAGAAAGAAUAUGAGUUCCAGAAGGGUCUAAUGUACGAAGAGCAGUACAACAAGAAGAUUCAGGACAUCCUGUCAAGACCCAUAUCCAGCACCACAGCCGUUCAUCCGUUCAGGAGAAGAGAUCGCCGCUGCUCCAGCUCUGGUGGACAAAUGUCAUAAAUCCAACCAGUUCUGUUCACAACAUUAGUAGCAUUUGUAAAAUAUUCUC